AUGGCUUCUGUAUACAUAGGAAACAGAGGCAUGACUCCUGUAUACAUAGGAAACAGAGGCAUGGCUCCUGUAAACAUAGGAAACAGAGGCAUUACUCCUGUAUACAUAGGAAACAGAGGCAUGGCUCCUGUAUACAUAGGAAACAGAUGCAUGGCUCCUGUAAACCUAGGAAACAGAGGCACGGCUCCUGUAUACAUUGGAAACAAAGGCAUGACUCCUGUAAACAUAGAAAACAGAGGCAUGGCCCCUGUAUACAUAGGAGCCAGAGGCAUGACUCCGGUAUACAUAGGAAACGGAGGCAUGGCUCCUGCAUACAUAGGAAACAGCGGCAUGGCUCCUUUAUACAUAGAGAACAGAGGCAUGACUCCGGAAUACAUAGCAAACAGAGGCCUGGCUCCUGUAUACAGAGGAAACAGAGGCAUGCCUCCUGUAUACAUAGAAAAUAGAGGCAUGGCUCCUUUAUACAUAGAAAACAAAGGCAUGACUCCUGUAAACAUAGAAAACAGAGGCAUGACUCCGGAAUACAUAGCAAACAGAGGCCUGGCUCCUGUAUACAUUGGAAACAAAGGCAUGGCUCCAGUAUACAUAGCAAACAGUGGCAUGGCUCCUGUACACAUAGGAAACAGAAGCAUGGCUCCUGUAUGCAUAGGAAACAGAGGAAUAGCUCCUGUAUACAUAGCAAACAGUGGCAUGGCUCCUGUACACAUAGGAAACAGAGUCAUGGUUCCUGUAUAA